AUGUUGAGAUCGAUUUCAUCGUCUCGUACUGCCUCCGGCAGGCUUUUGAAAAGCUGCCUGCUGAGAAGGACAACUAUAGGCAGAAGUUCUGCCGGCGUGGUUGUGCCAUUUGGAUUUACAAGCAAGAGAUGUUUUGCUUCAGGUACUGAUACAUUUCUGUCUACAUCCAAUGCCAACUAUAUCGAUGAAAUGUACGAAGCCUGGAAGAAUGAUCCUUCUUCCGUUCAUGCAUCUUGGAAUGCUUAUUUCAAGAACAUGGGCAAUACGAAUAUUUCACCUGCCAGUGCAUUUCAGGCACCACCAAACUUGGUAGGUGGCCCAACUGGGUCAGAGAACUUGCCUCUGGACAAAGGAGUUGGUAGUGUGGAUGAGAAUGUUAUGACCCAUUUGAAAGUGCAACUACUAUGUAGAGCUUAUCAGGUGAGAGGUCAUUUGAAAGCUCAUAUCGAUCCCUUGCAAAUUUCAUUCGGGGAUGAUAAGUCUAAACCAAUUCCAAAAGAAUUGACAUUGGAAUAUUAUGGUUUCACCGAGCGUGAUUUGGACAAAGAGAUCAACCUUGGGCCAGGUAUUCUACCAAGAUUUGCCAAGGAUGGUAGAACAAAGAUGACCUUGAGAGAGAUUGUUAAUGCGAUGGAAAAAUUGUACUGUCGAUCAUACGGUAUUCAAUACACUCAUAUCCCAUCAAAGGAAAAAUGUGAAUGGCUAAGAGAGAGAAUUGAGAUCCCAACUCCUUUCCACUACACUAUCGAUCAAAAGAGACAAAUCUUGGACAGGCUGACUUGGUCUACUUCCUUCGAGUCUUUCUUAUCGACAAAAUUCCCAAAUGAUAAAAGAUUUGGUUUGGAAGGUUUGGAAGCAGUUGUGCCAGGUAUCAAGACCUUGAUUGACCGUUCCGUUGAAAUGGGUGUUGAAGACGUUGUGUUAGGUAUGGCUCAUCGUGGUAGACUAAACGUUCUGUCCAAUGUGGUGCGUAAGCCAAAUGAGUCUAUCUUCUCAGAAUUUACCGGUUCUAGUUCUCAGGACCAAGCUGAAGGAUCUGGUGAUGUCAAAUACCAUCUGGGUAUGAACUACAAGAGACCAACCACUUCCGGUAAGUACGUUAAUUUAUCCUUGGUUGCCAACCCUUCCCAUUUGGAAGCUCAAGAUCCUGUCGUUUUGGGUAGAACAAGAUCUAUUCUUUACGCUAAGAAUGACUUAGAAAACAAGGCAAAGGCAGUCUCUGUUCUAUUACAUGGUGAUGCUGCAUUCGCAGGUCAAGGUGUUGUCUAUGAGACUAUGGGUUUUGUCAACUUGCCAGAGUACUCGACUGGUGGUACUAUUCAUGUCAUCACCAACAAUCAAAUUGGUUUUACCACUGAUCCAAGAUUCGCUAGAUCCACUCCAUACCCAUCCGAUCUGGCCAAGGCUAUCGACGCACCAAUCUUCCAUGUUAACGCAAACGAUGUGGAGGCCGUCACUUUCAUCUUCAACCUAGCUGCUGAAUGGAGGCAAACUUUCCAUACCGAUGCCAUCAUCGAUGUCGUUGGCUGGAGAAAGCACGGUCACAACGAAACUGAUCAACCUUCCUUUACUCAACCUUUGAUGUACCAAAAGAUUGCCAAGCAAAAGUCCGUAAUUGACGUUUACACCGAAAAACUGGUGGUUGAGGGCUCUUUCACAAAGGCUGAUAUUGAGGAGCACAAAAAAUGGGUUUGGAACCUCUUUGAAGAGGCCUUCGAGAAGGCCAAGGAUUAUAAGCCAACUUCAAGAGAAUGGUUAACCGCCGCCUGGGAAAAUUUCAAAUCUCCUAAAGAAUUGGCUACUGAGAUUUUGCCUCACGAGCCUACCAACGUCCAAGCUGAUACUUUGAAGGAAGUGGGUAAGGCAAUUUCUUCAUGGCCAGCAGACUUUGAAGUUCACAGAAACUUGAAGAGAAUUUUGAAUAACAGAGGUAAAUCCGUUGAGAGCGGUAACGGUAUCGACUGGUCCACCGGUGAAGCAUUGGCUUUCGGUACUUUGGCUCUCGAAGGUUAUAAUGUCAGAGUUUCUGGUGAAGAUGUUGAAAGAGGUACUUUCUCUCAACGUCAUGCUGUUCUACAUGAUCAAAGCUCAGAAAAAAUUUACACCCCAUUGAAGAACCUAAGCGAGAAGCAAGGUGAUUUCACAAUUGCUAACUCCUCCCUAUCCGAAUAUGGUGUUAUGGGUUUCGAAUACGGUUACUCUUUGACUGAUCCAGACAACUUUGUUAUGUGGGAAGCUCAAUUUGGUGAUUUUGCUAACACUGCCCAAGUUAUCAUCGAUCAAUUUAUCGCUGGUGGUGAACAAAAAUGGAAGCAACGUUCCGGUCUAGUGCUCUCUCUACCACACGGUUAUGAUGGCCAAGGUCCAGAACACUCUAGUGGUAGACUCGAAAGAUUCCUACAAUUGGCUAACGAAGAUCAAAGAUUCUUCCCAUCAGAGGAGAAAUUGCAAAGACAACAUCAGGAUUGUAACUUCCAAGUGGUUUACCCAACAACUCCAGCAAACUUGUUCCACAUUCUAAGAAGACAACAACACCGCCAGUUCCGUAAGCCAUUGAUCUUGUUCUUCUCGAAGCAAUUGCUGCGUCACCCAUUGGCAAGAUCAGAGUUAUCUGAGUUCAGUGAAGGUUCCUUCAAAUGGAUUAUUGAGGAUGGUGAGCAUGGCAACAGCAUCGGCACCAAGGAAGAAACAAAGAGAUUGGUUUUAAUGACAGGUCAAGUUUACACUGCUUUGCACAAGAGACGUGCUGAUUUAGAAGACAAAACCACCGCCUUUUUGAAGAUUGAACAACCACAUCCAUUCCCAUUUGCUCAACUGCGCGAUGCUAUCAACUCUUAUCCAAAUCUGGAAGAUAUCGUAUGGUGUCAAGAGGAACCUUUGAACAUGGGUUCUUGGUCCUACGCGGCUCCUAGAUUGGCUACCGUCUUGAAGGAGACUGACAAUUACAAGGGUCACGCCGUUAGAUACUGUGGUAGAAACCCAAGUGGUGCAGUAGCUGCUGGUAACAAGGCUCUACAUUUGGCGGAAGAGGAUGCUUUCUUGAAGGAGGUCUUCAAUUCGUCAUGA